GAAUAUUUAAAAUUUGGCACAAGCAUCCACACAUACACACACACACAUACAUUCGCUCUCCUACAUUUUUGUCUAACGGAUGGAUACAUAGAAGGUAGUCUCGCUAAGGCCAAACAAAUACACGGACCGCGUAUCUCUCGUUCGCCACAACAAAUCAAACACUCAUCGAAAUUCUAGUGAAGCAACCAGUAGAAAGACAGGCCCCUCUACACAUCAAAAUUACCAUUUUCAGUACUCCAAGAUGUUGCAAUUCAUGCGUAAUGCGAAUGCGGGCCUCGCUGUCCAACAGAGCGCCAUUAAAAGGUGUGUGCGCAGUCUAGGCAGCGUUGUCCACAGUCCCAAUUUGAAAGACGUGUCCGUUGCCAAUGAACCCAUUUUAACGUAUCGCAAAGAUUCAAAAGAGCGUAAAGCAUUGCAGCAAGCACUGAAAACAACCGCAGCGAAAUGUGAGGAAGUUCCCAUUGUGAUCGGUGGCAAGGAGUUUAAGACGGAUCAGGUGGUGCAUCAGGUGAUGCCACACGAUCAUCAACACAAACUGGCCAAGUUCUACUAUGCGGACAAGAAGCUCCUGGAGCAGGCCAUCAAAACGGCGGUUGAAACGCAACCCAAAUGGGAUCGUGUGCCUUUCGAUGAGCGCCUAAAGAUUUGGGAGCGUGCUGCCGAUUUGAUGGCAGGCAAAUAUCGUCAGGAGUUGAACGCAGCCACCAUGUUGGGCCAGGCGAAAACCAUCAUUCAAGCGGAAAUCGAUGCGGCUUGCGAGCUCAUUGAUUUUAUACGCAUACACGCCUACUUUCUCAAGGAGUGCGUCAAGUAUCAGCCCAUCAGUGAGGACCUAAAGGUCACCAAGAAUUCAUUGCGUUAUCGUGGCAUUGAUGGUUUCAUCGCUGCUGUCAGCCCAUUCAACUUUACGGCCAUCGGUGGCAACUUGGCCUACACGCCAGCCUUGAUGGGCAACGGUGUGCUGUGGAAACCCUCGGACACUGCUCUGCUCUCCAACUGGCGCAUUUUCAAUAUUAUGCGCGAAGCUGGCUUGCCCGAUGGCGUCGUUAAUUUCGUGCCCGCUGAUGGCCCCGUCUUUGGUGAUACAAUAACCGCCUCGCCACACCUGGCUGCCAUCAAUUUCACCGGUUCCGUGCCGACAUUCAGUCGCUUGUGGAAGCAGGUGGGUAACAAUAUUGACAAAUACAAUAACUUUCCGCGUCUUAUUGGCGAGUGUGGUGGCAAGAAUUACCACUUUGUUCACUCGUCAGCGGAUGCGCAAUCUGUUGUCACAUCCACAAUACGUUCCGCCUUCGAGUACAGUGGACAAAAAUGUUCUGCCUGCUCCCGUAUGUAUGUUCCAGAGUCGCUGUGGCCAGAGAUCAAAGAGGGAUUGGUAGCGGAGGCGUGCAAACUGAAGAUUGGCGAUGUGCAGGACACUAAGAGCUUCACAUCGGCUGUCAUCGAUGAUAAAGCAUUUAAACGCAUUACUGGAUACAUUGAGCAUGCCAAAAACAGUUCGAAUUUAGAGAUCAUUGCUGGCGGCACGUAUUCGGACAGCAAAGGUUACUUCAUCAAUCCCACGAUUGUGGUAACCAAGGAUCCCAAAGAUCGCAUUAUGACUGAGGAAAUCUUUGGCCCAGUGCUGACGGUUUAUGUGUACAAAGAGAAGGAUUUGUUUGAUACAAUGAAGCUGGUGCAUACAUCAACGCAAUUUGCCUUGACCGGCGCCGUUUUUGGCCAAGACGAAGAGUUCAUCAAGUGUGCUUUGGAGGAGUUCAAGACGUCGGCGGGUAACUUCUAUAUCAACGACAAGUCGACAGGAUCGGUGGUGGGACAACAGCCAUUUGGAGGUGGUCGCAAGUCUGGCACUAACGACAAGGCUGGCGGACCCCACUACAUUCUGCGCUGGACAUCGCCGCAGUCAAUUAAGGAAACGUUUGUGCCCCUGCGUGACGUCAACUAUCCCUACAUGGAGGAGUAAGAAGUGAACUCGUGGAGGUGAAACUUUAAGAAAACGACAGGAAUCUCAUUGCAUAAAAAAGAAACAAAAACAAAAGGAAAACUACUCAAGCUAUAAAAAG